GCUGAGCUGAAUUGAAUUUACACUAUGUAGUAAAUCGGACUCACGUCCCACUUCUUUAUAGCAUAGCGCGACCCCUAAACCAUCCGUUAGGGGAAGGUAUCGGACUCAAAUCUGGACUAUCCCUAACGAUCCAUCCGAAGCGCAACAAAAAUACAUAUGAAAAUUGUGUUAAUAUGAAGAACGAAGGGACCAAUUGGCUCUUGAGUUCCCCCCUUUCGGCUGUCUGCCGUGGCAGUGCCUUGGGAGGACAAUACGGAUCGAGGCCCAGAGUACGGAUCCGUACACCACCUAUGUUGGCGUUCUAUCCGACUUUUACCCUCCCCAGUUUCAUGUGGGCCAUGGGACCAGACCGCUAUGUAUGUAUAAAUAAACCCCUUUAAGCUGGUCGCCAUAUAGAUACCGCUCCCCAGAUUUUACAGCCGCUACGCCCAUUUCUUUUUGCCCUGAAAAAAAAGAAAUACAUGCUCGCCGAAUAGAACGAUAUCCGAAGCCAAUCCUUGUCCGCGAUCAAAGUCGGCCAUGAAGUUCACGCUGCCGUUCGAGCUUGGCAUGCUUGCUUCGAGCAUAUUCGCCUCAAACACCACUACCGUAUCCCCAUCCGUCUACAUCCUAAGCACAUCGCCGCCCGCGACAGUCGCUCUCAGCAAAGCCUUGGACACCCUGGGAUAUAGCCGUCUGGAUCUCGAAUCAGACAUACUAGACCAGGCGGCGCUAUCAAACACCUAUGUCGAAGUAACGUCGAACAUGCAGCUCGCAGAGAUCGCUCGAUCGCAGCCCGACGCCAAAUUCAUAUUACCCCGAGGCAGUCGACGUAUAGGGGAAGAAGAUUACGUGCUUUCAGCUCGGAAUUUCUUCUCCAAGGAGAAGCGCUCUCGCAAAUUUUUAGAAUUGGACGUGCUUGCGUUAAAGACGAGUUCGCAGGCGGAGAACUGGGUCCAGCUGUGCGAUUUCUUGGGCAUGGGAUACAGCGUGGUGGAACGACUAGGUCUAUGGCACUUCCCGAAAUGAACGCUACG